AUGUCAAUCGUGUCCCACGAACUAUUUGACACGCAUAAUGUGCUGGUGUUCAAGAUACCGCCUGGCGAAGUUUCACUCUCUAGGUGGGAAACAAAAGGACCAAAUGUCGUCUGGAAAGGCAGUCUUAGGCUAAUAGAGGAGGAAGAAGAAGAGGAAGAACAUGCGGAAGACGCUGUCUCCAAGAAGGAGCCAUACCAACGAUUGCGUCUUAAGCUAGAGUUCUAUAAUAAAAGCCCAUCAGGAGAACUACUGGACGACUUUACGGGAAUUGGACAAGAACAAGUUUGGGCUGAAGCGUGGUUCAACCCAUUUCGUGAGUUAAGUAUUGAUUGUUCAAUAGCGAAUGACGGAAACGAGACCAUAAAGAUGACUCCCGAGUCUCCCAAAUACUACAGAGCAGUACUUCAGCUACCGGGAUCCGGAUACCAUCCUUUUCCGCUUCAGAAAGCAUCUUCAAAGCAAUCCGUGCUACAGGUGGCAUUAGGUAUGAAAUUCGAUGAUUCAUUUAACGCAAUGUCAUUUUCCGAAAGUAUCGGUAUCUACCGAAGGCGCUUCAAAGCGUACCAGGAGAAAUUUAUUUACGACAAACACCUCACGAAUCUACAGCACAAAAUUAUUAAUGAGCUAAAUAUUAGCGAAAAAGAACUGCGAGAGAUCACACCGUGCUCUGAAGACGAUGAUUUUGGGAAUUUUGUGAGCUCGUCUUAUGAUUGA